AUGGAAUCUCGGCCCGUCGCUCGAUAUGCACGACCUCGUGCUGUUGAUCUCGACAACACCCUUUCUUCCGAAGAAGUCAGGUUAGUGCUCGUCGAACCCUCGGAGCCUGGUUCAGAUAUCGAGUGUAGCCUACGUACUUUCGGGUUGGAUAAUAUACCAGCGUAUACCGCAAUCUCGUAUGCCUGGGGAGACCGCAGGGACAACGUAAGGAUACUUAUCGAUGGAAGACCCAGGAUGGUGACGACUAGCUUGCGCGACGCCCUAAUAGCUCUUCGGGAUUCAGUGCACGCAAUCUGGGUGUGGGCUGAUGCUAUCUCGAUCAACCAGUCCGAUAUUCAGGAGCUUAGCCGCCAAGUUCAGAUCAUGGAUAAGAUAUAUGCAACAGCUGAGCGUGUAGCUGUCUGGCUAGGGCCCGCCUCGGCGUCGGAGAAGAGUGGUUUGGCAUUCGAAUCGUUGCUUGGCGUUGUAGAAAAUUCAAAAGAGGAACCAUUUCCAGCCCUGAUUGGGGAUUUGAUCAACUCAAAGCCUGCAGUUGAGGCGAUAGUCAGUCUUUUUGAGAGAUCAUAUUGGAAAAGGUUGUGGGUAAUGCAAGAAGUCUUUUAUGCUCAAAGGAUCGAAAUCUAUUGUGGCACUGACAAAAUCGGUUGGGACGCCCUGAUGAAGACUGUGGAUCAGUUCAGCACGCCUCAUUGGAAACGAAGAGUCGACGAGUUAUAUCCUCCAGGAGGUGCGGCGAGUCGGUUUUCGAAAAGUCAUUACUCUUUUGCUCAGAUUUUAACAACCCAGGGCCCCAAAGGUCUGUUUGAUCCUCGGAGAAGGCGUUUCCAAACGGCCUCGGUGGGAAACAAGGAGUCGGGACUGUCAGGUGAAGCUUUGGAGCCCAGCCUACCAAAACCACUCACGGUCAUGCGCAUAUGUAGAAGCAAGCUGGCUGCGCAACCACAGGACAAGGUCCUCGGGGCUCUCAGCCUGCUCCCGAGCAACUCAUUUCUCAGAGAGUUUCAACACACCCCGAAAGAAGCUUACACGGAUAUUGUUGCCACCAUAAUAUUGAAGACCGAGUCUCUGGACAUCAUAUGCGAAGCAAUCCACUAUCCCUUUCAUCAAGAUACUUUUGAUCUCCCUAGCUGGGUGCCGGACUGGUCUCACGCACCGGACACGGUAUCGUUGGCGGCCACUCAGCUUGCGCACCGAACAGCUUUUCAAGCAUCGAAAGGUACAAAAUGGGAGUACAGCCCGAACUUGGCGCCAUGGCCGUUACGCAACGAGCUUCCCAUUACCGGAAUUACUUUGGGUACCAUAUUUGAGAGGGGAAUGGCGGUCGGUACAAUGGGCAGACUGACCAACUACCUCAUGGCUUUUCUGGAAUGGAGACACAUGCUAAUGGACGAGCACGAUGGUUGGGACAAGUCUUUACGGGAGACUUUCUGCAAAACGUUGUGCCUAGGGGAUGUCCCUUCGACGCUUGAUCUCGGUUCAGGAGAACGGCAACUGGACGACGGAGAGUGGAUUGACAUAUCUUUCCACCUCUUCGCGGCCUUUCUUCAACAACGGUUGAGUAGGUUGCCCUUGGACGAAGAGCUAUACAUGUACAGAGACAAAGAAUUCGAUUUUGAGAAGAACAAAGCUCGUCGGAUCUUUCAGGAGUACUUUGGGGACCGCAUGAUGGGCCGUUGCUUCUGUCUUCUCCAAGAAGGCGAGGGACAAACCAAAAUGGGUAUGGGAACGGGUUACAUGGGCGUUGGUGAUUUGGUUGUAAUUGCUCACGGGUGUUCUACACCUAUCAUCCUCCGCCCGACCGGCUUGGAAGGAAAGUUCCAAUUCAUAGGAGACGUCUACGUGGAUGGGUAUAUGGACGGAGAGGCUAUCGAGGAUGCUGCGUUCGGGCCAGUUCAAAACUUCGUUCUGUGCUGA